AUGUUGUGAGGGGAAAGGAGACCACCCCAUCCAUGUGCGCCACUUUCACAACUAAAACAAAACCCCACACACACAAGUCGCUGGUUCUCCUCCAGUGCAGAACGUACAGAGUUGAGGGCUCUUGGUGUGUGUGUCUCUCUCUCUCUGUGUAAAGGAUGCAUUGGUGCCUGGGGUCCUCAGCAUUUCUACCAGACUCGACUCGACUCAGCACCCCUGGACAUGGCACAGGCAGGAGGACACCUCGGCCUCUUCACCCCACGGGACUGACAGAGCAAUCGGAUCGAUUCUAAUCGACUCGUUUGAGGACUCCGAGGGAACUCGGCGCUAAAGCGAGUCUGUGUUUUCUAUCUAGAUAUACACAUCAAAAAGCCAAGCCUGAUUUGCUAUCAGAAAAACUCCCAGACGGUGUGUGAGGUGAGCACAGUAAUGGUCACCUUCCUCUAUGCCAUGGUCAUUCUGUAUGUUGGAAGUUUGAAGGCCGCCCCAUUGCAAUCAAACAGCACGGUGCGAAGCCGGGGAGUCCUGGGCGACGCCCUGAGCCCUGACCCGCCACUCAGCGACGACGAAGACGACGACGACGACGCCUACCCACUUGACGACAUGCUGGGAGAGGUGCCGGCCCUCGGGCCUGAGGCCUCAGGGAGGGAGUGGGACUUGUACUCACCGCGGGUGACCCUGGCCGCCCAGCCCCCGGGCGUGCCGCCUCUGCUCUUCAUCAUGGAGGAGACGCUGGGGAGGGCGGACAUGGCCAACCGGACGGUGAGGCUGAAGCGGCAGGCCCCCAGCCCGGGAGCCGGGGGGGUCGACCCUUCCCGGAGGGGGGACCUGUCAGUGUGCGACAGCGUCAGCCGCUGGGUGACGGACCGCCGAGCGGCAGUAGACGUCCAUGGUAAGAUGGUCACCGUCAUGAUCGAUGUGCCUACCUCCACCGGGCCCCUCAAGCAAUACUUCUACGAGACGAAGUGCAACGAGCGAUCCUCGACAGCGCAAGGUGGCUGCCGUGGUGUCGACAAGAGGCACUGGAUCUCCGAGUGCAAGACCAAGCAAUCCUAUGUCCGCGCCCUCACCAUGGACACUCAGAAACGUGCUGGUUGGCGCUGGAUACGCAUUAACACCUCUUGCGUUUGCACAUUAAUUAGCCGGACGGGCAGAAUGUGACCAAAAAAGCCUUUCCUCCAUCCAUUCCCCCAUCUAUUGGUGUUAUCUAUGUGUUUUUUUUUCUGUAAAUAUAUAAAAUAUAUAAAUUAUUU